AUGAUAUUAAAGGUACUUGGAUGGAAUCAGCCCGGUUUUGGCCAAAGUUCUGGUCUUCCAUUUCCCAACAAUACAUUAGCUGCUGCAGAUGCUGUAAUGCAGUAUGCUCAAACCGUUCUGGGUUUUCGAGAGGAAGAAAUUGUGCUGUUUGGGUGGUCAAUUGGCGGAUAUCCAGCGAGUUGGUUGGCUGCUAAUUAUCCAAAAGUGAAGGGUAUCAUUCUCGACGCGACCUUUGAUGAUGUUCUUCCUCUGGCCCAAGCUCGAAUGCCGAAGAUUCUAUCCGAUAUCGUAGAAUAUGCCAUAAGGACGAACUUCGAUUUGAACAUCCAGGCUAUUCUCGCUAACUAUAAAGGUCCUUUAAAAUUGAUUCGUCGAUUACAAGAAGAAAUUUUGACAACUGAUGAGACUGGUACAGAAGCGGAUCGUCGCGCUAGCAAUCGAGCAAAUUUUCUCUUGAAAAAGAUCAUUGAGCAGCGGCAUCCAACUCUUAUAGCCGAUUUAGAGUCUCAGGUUGAUCGCUGGUUAGCGAUGACACCUCAACAGCGAGCAAUGGCCGGGCAUGUUUCAAACGAGUCAGAAAUAGCGAUUCGGCGUGCGCGAUUGUAUGCAGCAUGUGAUCACUACCUCACCGAUUUUGAUGCUACUCAUGUGCAGCCACUGGAUCCGGGGUAUUUCAACAUUCCCCUUCCUUUCCGUGAUCUCAAAUAA